AUGAAUGACACAGUAGUCUCAAGCCUUGAUUGCGCCAUCAACAAAACCUGCACCGAUCUUCAAUCCAAGUUGAAUCUAGAUCCUGAGCACUUGAGUAUUGCACUCUUGACUAGCACGUGUGAUCCUGAAGCAAGACACGCGAACAUGAUAUUUGCUAUGGCUGCAUAUCAUCAGCUCAUUGUUCAGUCUAACAUGAGCUCGGCUGCAAACCAUUUGUAUGACGACAGGUUCAAGGACUUUGUGCGCACUCAAGCUCGCAUGAUCUUGCUCAACCCCACCCUUGAAGCAUAUUCGAACAAUCCACAUCUAAAUGGAGCUCUUCCGAAAACUUUGUAUUAUCUCACCCUUGAUGCGGUUGAUCAACAGUCCACUGAGUGGAAAGAAGACCAUCUCGCUUCUAAACAACUUCAAGAUGAUCCGGUUGCUCUUGAAAAUUACCAAGAGGCAGUUGGCGAGCUCUUGAAGCAUCAACGCAGCAACUUGCGUACACUGGUCAGUUUUUGCUUGAUCAAACAUUGGUCACUCAUGGAUCUCUAA